GAAUCACUAGUUUUUGAAUAACACCAUCAACAUGGAACUUCUUGAGGAAGACUACACGCACUCUGCUGAAAGAUUGGAUAAACCAUCUCAGUAUUUGAUAAAGAAAGCUAUCAAAAGACAGAAUUUCGAGAACUUAACUCGAGCAUUACAUCUGAAAACUAUUUAUGUUGGGAAUUUAUCUCAUUUUACUACUGAAGAACAGAUACACGAGCUAUUUUCCAAAUGUGGUACUAUAUCGAGAAUCAUCAUGGGGUUGGAUAGGGUGAAAUUGACUCCCUGUGGAUUUUGUUUUGUUAUUUAUAAAAGUGAAGAUGGAUCAUUAAAUGCGAUGAAAUACUUGAAAGGUACCUAUCUUGAUGGGCAAAACUUAGAAAUCGAUUUAGAUCCUGGUUUCCGUGAAGGAAGACAGUUUGGUAGAGGGGUAUAUGGUGGCCAGGCCAGCCAGGAAGCUAACAGUGAAAGAAGAAAAUUCGAAUACAGAGGAGGUGCUAGAGGUGGUUUUAGGGGUAGAGGCAGAGGUGGAAGAGGAAGGGGAAGAGGAAGAGGUGGUUUCAAUGAAAGCUUUAAUCCAAAUAGAAGAAAUGAAGGCUCGGUUUAUAUUCCAUCAAACGACCCUUCCUUUAAUGCACCUACUACUUUCAACCCAAUGGCAGACAUGAGUAAUGCUGGUUAGUUUUCUACGAAUGGAUUCAUGUUUAUUUUGAAAAACUUGUAUAUUAAUAAUUAAUCUAUAAUUUCAGUUCUAUCUCAAUUUUGUAAAAUCAUUACAAUAAAACUGUUUCAC